AUGUCCGCAAGCACCGAACGCCCCACGAACGCCGAGCAGACUUCUCCCAGUCUCCGCGUCAAGGAGCCCGCUCCCGUCGACGGAGAGAAGCCCUCCACUCCCUCGAACAUUAACGCCACAUCCGAACAGCGCGAUAUGCCCUCGCCCGCGCCCGAAGAUAGCCAGUCGCAGGCCUCAGCCUCAGGCCAAUCGUCAGGCCUGUUCGGAAAGGCAAGAGGUUUGACAGGCAACCUGAUGGGCACGCUUCAGGGUGUCACCAAGACGGGCAGCCAGACUGUUGACAACAUAGUGCCUCUGGACCUGUCCAUCUUGAAGGGUCUCGAAGUUGGUGAGGGAGGACAAGUCCUUGGAAAGGACGGCAACCUGCUAGGCCGGCUAGUGGAAGGAAACCCCGCGGAUCUGGUCAGGUCCCUGGUGCGCUGUCGAACAUUGCUGGUUUGCCCAUCAAGGAUGGUGGCAUCGUCAAGGACGGCGCUGGUGAGGUUGUUGGGAAACUGGUGGAGGGCGAUCCGAAGGAUCUGGUUGGCCUUGCCCCCAACGAGGAAGGAGAGGUUCGGAACGACAAUGGUGGUGUUGUCGGUCGCGUCGAGCCGACGUCCGAGGCAGAGCAUGUCGUCAAGGACAGCGACAAACCAAUCACCCCGAGUACUAUGCUUGGAAAGGAGGGCAACCCCUCGGAAGCUCAAGCCGAUAAGGAGCCAGCCCGAAGAGAAAGAAGACCUCCCUCCCCUGUCCACCUUGGAAGGCCUCAAAUGCAACAAGCUGGGCAAAAUUAUCAGCUCCACAGGCAAGCCCGUUGGCGAACUGAUCGAGGGCGACCCCAAGAAGCUCUCUCGCAUGGGAGCCCAGCUCGACGCCAAAGGACAGUUCUGGGAUAACCGCGGCAAUGUCAUCGGCAAGGCCCAGACCAUUCCCACCGAGGAGCAUCAGGAUGAGCCCGUCUUCGCUGGCCUUGAAGGGCUCCACGUGGUUGAGGACGGGUGGGUGGAAGACGACAAGGGAAAGAGAGUUGGAAAGAUCGUGGAGGGCGACGCCAAAAAGAUCCUCGGUCGUCCGGUCGAUGAAGAUGGAGAAGUCACCGACCAGCACGGCAAUGUUAUUGCGAAAGCGGAUUACUGGGAGGCUCCGGACGAGUCUGAGCCCGAGGUUGUUGACCUUUCCCAUUUGAAUGGGCUCACUCCCAACAAGCUGGGAUAUGUCAUCGGAUCCAACGGCGUUCCAAUUGCCCGCGUUGUUGAGGGCAACCCGAAGGAGCUGGCUGGCAAGGAGAUCGACGACGGCCAGAUAUGGGACGGUCGCAAGCCGAUCGGACGGGUCGAGCUCAUUCCUGAGAACGAGCGCGAGAAGAAACCAGAAGGGCCCUUCUCCGGCUUGGACAAUCUCACCGUGAACAAGGACGGCUAUGUCGAGGAUGGCGAAGGCAACAUCGUCGGACAGGUCACGGAGGGCGAUGCGAAGGCUCUUCGUGGUCGCGCCGUUGAUGAAGACGGUGAUAUUCUCGACAAGUUUGGCAGCACCAAAGGCCAUGCGGAGCGUUAUGAGCCGCCGGAGGAGGAGAAAGUGGAGGAAGAUCUCUCCAUCCUGGAAGGCAAGACUGUCAACAAGGCCGGAAAUGUUGUGGAUGCCCAAGGUACAGUCUUUGGACGGAUUGUGUCUGGUGACAAGCGUCUGGCUGGCCGAAAGGUCGACGGCCACGGUCAGGUCUGGGGAGAUGACGGCAAGGUGAUUGGCAAAGCCGAGCUCAUUCCUGGCGCUGAAAGGCAGAAGCCGGAGGGUCCGUUCUACGGCUUUGAGACCGCAGAGGUUGGUAAAGAUGGUGUCGUCGUUGAUGCCUCUGGACGCACCAUUGGCCGUGUGGCAGAAGGCGAUGCCAAGAAGCUGUUUGGUCGCAAAGUCGACGAGGACGGCGACAUUCUGGACAAGAAUGGCAACACCAUCGGCCGUGCAGAGCGUUGGGAGCCUGAAGAAAAGAAGCGCAACGUCAACCCCAUGGCAGGACGCAAGGUCACUCGCGAGGGCGAGGUCCGGGAUGUCGACGGCAACCUCAUCGGCAAAUUGACUUCUGGAAACCUGGCAACCCUUAUUGGAAAGGACAUCGAUGACAAUGGCUACGUAGUGGACAACGAUGGCAACAAACUCGGUGAAUGUACGUUGAUGGAGAACAUACCACCGGAGGAACCAGAGGAAGAGCCAGGUCCAUCCCCUGAGGAAGAGGAAGCACAAAAGAAGGCCGAGGAGGACAGGCAGCUGGCAAAGAAGAUGAGCAUUAUCGUUGGCCAGACCCUCGACCGCAUGCGUCCAAUCUGCAAGAUGAUCUCGGAGCAUAUCGAAAAAGCCGAGCGUACUCCAAAGGAAGAGCUGGACGAAGAAAAACUCGUCCAGAACGUGAAGCCACUUCUUGAAGAAGGAGGCAGUAUCCUCCAGGAGUGCAACGGUGCCAUCAGGGCACUCGAUCCGGACGGGCAGAUUGCCGCCAAUGCGAAAGCGCGAGCUGCAUCCCACGAGGCCCCUCCUGAGGAAUACGCCUUGGCUGAUCAGCUCAAGGAGCUCACGGAUACGGUCGUCCGCACCGUGGAAAAUGGCCGCAAAAAGAUCGCCGACAUGCCCCAUGCGAAGAAGAAGCUCAACCCCCUGUGGGGUCUUCUCAGCGAGCCGUUGUUCCAGAUCAUUGCCGCAGUGGGCUUGUUGCUCAGCGGAGUGCUUGGAUUAGUUGGACGUCUGCUUGAUGGUCUGGGCUUGGGGCCUUUGGUGAAUCGUCUCCUGGGUGGUCUUGGUUUGGACAAAGUCUUGCAAAACCUAGGAUUGGGCUCGUUGACAGAUGCUUUGGGGUUGACUGGGAAGAAGUGA